AUGCUCGUCGUGCAUAUGCACCUGCGCCCUAACAUCAUGGACCCCGCGUCUGCAAUCGGCGUGGCCAGCGCCGUUCUGGCCAUUAUCAGUACCAUCUCAAAGAGCAUUACUUCGCUUUCAGAUCUGCAGUCGAGAUAUCAUGCCGCGGACCUCAAGGUCAACCUCCUUAUCGUACAACUUUCCACAGUUAGGGCAGCGCUGAAGCAGAUGGCCAGACUCAUGGAGAGUGAUGUUGGGGCUCCGAAAGAUCCAGAGUUGGUUGAGGACAUUUCAACAUGCCUCGGGUGCGUCGAGGCUGUUGUAAUGAUUCUAGACGACAAAGUUUCGCUCAUUGAGUGGAAUAAAGCCAACGAGCUGACGACUCGCAGUAAGGUCAACUUCAUAUGGGACGAAAAGACCAUGGAUGAUUAUUCAAAUAUGCUCAACAAUCAAAUCCAUGCCCUUAAUCUCCUGCUCACAGCUUUUCAAUGCGAGUCUCGUCAGGUCUUUGAACGUAUUAAGGAUGAAACUUCCUCUCUGCUAUGGUUAAGGGAUGCAGAAUCAAUCCAAACCUAUCGGAGCGCUGGGACGCAAGAUCUUGGGACGGUGAAUGCUACAUUUGCCUUCGACUCUGAAAUCUUCAACUCCAGAGUCUACCAAGUGGCUACGAGGUCGAACAUGAUACGAGCUCUUUUGACCGACAAACGUGAUGUGCCAGAUGAAGUUGCCAGCCGAGCAUCAACUCGAGGUCAGUAUCUGGCUUGGUCACACGUACCAACUGCUCAUGAGGAUUCUUUGGGGCCACUGAUGAGAAGGGGAGACCUGUCGAGAGACAAGCAGCUUCCAUAUUUUCAACGGUUCAAAUACGCCUAUGAAACUCAUGAGCCUGGAGACAUUCCUGUUGGCCGACCUCGUAACUUCGACAUCAAAGUAUUGGUUCUGGGUAUUUCUGACAGUGGGAAGAGUACACUCCAGAAGUCCAUGAAAAUGGCAUUCUUGGAUGAUGAUGUGCCAUGGCGUCGCUGCCACAAGCCUGCUGUUUACCUGAGCCUGGUUCAGAAUUUGAAAGCCCUCGCCUCAAAGACCGUCCAGCAUGCACAAGCAAAUAAUAUAGAUCUGUACAAUUCUUAUCCAGAGAAUGAGGCAGAUUUCACAAAAUGCUACCAACUCAUUGAUGAGUGGCUCCACAAAGAGGCUGGUGGAGUGAGCCCGCGAUAUUCUUUCCCUCAAUCAGUCGGUUCAGCAGUGCUGUACUUAUCUGCCAAUGAGGACAUACGCGCUAUGCACGACCGGUUGAUAUUAGAUCCUAAAACUCAAGACCGGGACCGCGAUGUUGCAGAUUCGACCAAGUUCUUCAUGAGCUCUGCCUCACGAAUAGUGGAUCCCUUGUACAUUCCUACCUGCCAAGACGUUCUAUGGACCAGAAAUAUGAGUCUUGGUCUGCACGAAUUUCAUUAUCUUCUCGAUGGUACACUUUGCCAAUUCUUCGACGUUGGCGGCACCAGGGCCGAACGACGCAAAUGGCCACUGGAGUAUAGCAGCGUCAAUUCGAUCAUCUUCACGUUUGAUGUAUCAUGCUACAAUCAGACACUUUUCGAGGAUUCUACUACGAAUCGGAUGACAGAGCAACUAAGAGUCUGGGAUAUGCUCGUAACAUUGCCAUGCUUUUCAGACACGAACUUCAUCGUCUUGUUCACGAAGAUUGACAAAGUCACACCAUCAACGCUCGAAGCGUCGCCUUUCAACUCCUUAUUCCCAGACUAUUCUGACAAGCCACACAGCUCGGAGGAUAUACUCCAAUACUUAGCAUGCCGCUUGGAUGUCGCAUUGCGAGGGGAGGGAAGGACGCGAAGACUUGUGUUCUGCAACGCGGGAAGUAUAUGGAACUCUCCAACCAAUAUGGCGGAGGUCGCUGUCAAUGCACUCAACAAGGUGGAACUUCUAUACAGCUCCGACCUCUAG